AUGGAAGUCAUCAAAGAAGUCUUUGCAAAAUGCAAGGCGAAAAACCGCGUUGCCUUGAUCACCUACGUGACAGCUGGCUACCCCACCGUUAGCGAAACACCGGACAUCAUGACGUCCAUGCAAGCCGGAGGUGCAGACAUCAUCGAACUUGGAAUUCCCUUCGCCGAUCACCCCAUGACUGAAAGCCCAACUAUCCAGCAGGCCAAUUCCAAGACCCUCGAGAACGGCGUUCAACUCUCACACAUCCUGCAGAUGGUCAAGUCAGCCCGUAAACAAGGUCUGGCUGUCCCCGUGCUGCUGGUGGGGUACUACAACCCCGUGCGUGAAUAUCCGUACGGAGAGGAUAAGCUACUUCGAGACUGCAAGGCUGCUGGUGUAGACGGGCUCAUCAUUGUCGAUCUUCCUCUCGAGGACGCGGUGCGGUUCCGUGAUCUGUGCAAAUCCAAAGGGUCCACUAUCGUACAUACCCCUCGUUGCUCUGUCUACUCAGAAUGCUCGAUGGGAGUUAGCGGAACUCAUGAGAAACCGUACGGAUGUGCGGGAGAUCUGCUCCAUCGUGUGCAUGAUUUCACUGGGAACUCAGUCUCAGUAGCUGUUGGAUCUGGUAUCAACACCCGACAGGAUUUCAUUGAUAUUGCUCGUGUCGCUGAAGGAGUCGUCAUCGGCUGCCCAAUAAUCUACUUACUGGGAAACCCGGCUCCUGGAACUGGUGCUCGGAAGGUCAAGGAGUAUUGUCUUCGAGUUGCUGGACGUACUGAGCAUCAAAUUGUCAUACCAGAAAGAAGAAAGCAAGCUAACCAACCCAUCUCUUCUACUACCGUCUACCUUUCCCAUGACGGGGCAGGUGAUACACCGGAAGACACUGACGUGGCCACCGGUCUCGGAGAUUUAGAAACUAGCUUCGAAAUCUUCAGCGGUCAAUACAUCCCGGGAUCCCUUAAGGAAGGCCUCGCCGAGCUAGAAAACGGCUUCCAGGCAGCAAACGCAGACCCAGACUUCUGGGCCGAAGUCAACUCCUACGCAGCAUACACCAACCGACCCUCCCCCCUCCACCUAGCCCCACGCCUAUCAGCGUACGCAGGCGGAGCACGCAUCUGGUUGAAACGCGAAGACAUGAACCACACAGGCAGUCACAAGAUCAACAACGUGCUAGGCCAAAUCAUCCUCGCGCGACGACUCGGCAAAACCUCCAUAAUCGCCGAAACAGGCGUUGGCCAACACGGCGUUGCGACAGCAACUCUAUGCGCGCAAUUCGGCAUGAAAUGCACCAUUUUUAUGGGCUCCGAGGACUUCGAACGCGAGGCUUUGACCGUCAUGCACAUUCGUAUCCUCGGUGCAGUGGUUGUCCCGGUUGAUGCCGAGCACAGUGGCGGAAAGGGUACUGUCCGCGACGCUAUCAAUGAGGCUUUCCGCGUCUGGGAGACGGAGCUGCAGACUACGCAUUUUAUUAUCGGCUCGGCGUUCGGCCCGCAUCCGUAUCCGAAUAUUGUGCGCACGUUCCAGACUAUUAUUGGCAUGGAGACUCGAGCUCAGUUCGGCGCGAUUAAUGAUGGUAGACUUCCUGAUGCGGUUGUUGCUUGUGUUGGUGGUGGGUCGAAUGCUGUUGGUCUGUUCUACCCGUUCCUUGAUGAUUCGUCUGUUGCUCUUGUUGGCGUUCAGGGGCGUGGUGGGUGCAUGGCCGGUCCGAGUGAUGAGUCUAUUGGUAUCGUGCACGGGUUGCCAACUGAUUUGUCUUGGAACGAGGAUGGGGAGAAUGGCAAAACACAUUUUGUUUCUGCUGGGCUUGAUUAUCCUGGUAUUGGACCUGAGUUGGCGGGCUGGAAGGAAUCUGGUCGGGCUACUAUUGCUUCGACAACUGAUGCGGAGGUCCUGAUGGCUUUUUCGCAGCUCAGCCAGCUUGAGGGAGUUAUCCCUGCGCUUGAGAGUUCGCAUGCUGUUGCUGCUGCUGUGCGUUCUGCGAAGGAGUUGGGGCCUGGGCACGAUGUUGUUGUUUGCGUUAGCGGACGUGGAGACAAGGAUGCGGAGACUGUGGCUCAUAUUAUGUCUACUCUCAGAGUUGAUGAUGUCUAA